AUGGCAUCUAAGCCUACUAUUCUUCAUCUCGGCGACCCACCUCGCUGGCACGCGGAUCUAUACAAGAAGCUCGAAACUCAUUUUACAGUCAUCCAACCCUCAGCUGCAGAACGUGAACGUCCUGAAUUCCUCAAAGCAUUGAAAGAGAAGAGAUGGGGUAACUUUGUCGCAAUGCUACGACCAUUCUGGAACACUGGCGGUGAGAUGGGAAGAACGGAUAGAGAAUUAAUCUCUCUGCUUCCUGAAAGUGUCAAAGUGUAUGCGUCCGCUGGUGCAGGCUUUGAUUGGGUAGACACUGAUAUCCUUGCCGAGAGGGGUAUCAUCUACUGCAACGGCGCAGCAGCAUCUUCAGACUCCGUAGCCGACUCCGCUCUCUUCCUUAUCAUCUCCACAUUCCGUAACCUCGCUUGGUCUCAAAUCGCCGCUCGCUCAGGCGACCCCGACCAGCUCUUCGACGCUCACAAAAACUCCCCCACCACUGCCAUAAACCCCGGUGGUCGUAUCCUUGGUAUCGUAGGUCUUGGAAACAUCGGUUACAGAAUUGCUCAAAAGGCAUACUUGGGCUUGAAUAUGAAGAUCGCCUAUCACGAUCUUUUCCGCAAACCGAAGAGCGUGGAAGAGGCUGUAGGCGCGACUUACUACGAUACUCUGGAUGAGAUGUUGGGGGCUGCAGACUGCAUCAUUGUCGCAACACCAUUUUCUGGCAAGCAAUUGUUUACGGCUGAGAAGUUCAAGAAGUUCAAGCGUGGAAGUCGAUUGAUCAAUAUUGCUCGUGGACCUCUGGUCAAUGAAGCUGAUCUUGUGGAGGCGUUGAAGUCGGGGCAACUGAGUGCCUGUGGACUGGAUGUGUUUGAGAAUGAGCCGCAUGUUAACAAGGAGUUGUGUGGGUUGAAGCAGGCGACUCUGACAGCUCACACGGCUGGAGGUACUAUUGAUACGCAUAUUGGAUUUGAGGAGUUGUGCUACAAGAACGUAUUGGGCGCUCUACUAGAGGGCAAGGCUAUCACGCCAGUCAACUUGCAUUUGAUCAAGGCUGGCAAGAGUAAGCUGUAG